AUGAUACCGCUUAUACUGGUCGUCUUACUUGUGGCAUUGUCAGUAAAUGGGCAUGAGGAGGACGAUCAUGAUAUUCUUUCUGCACAUGGUGGUGUCUUCCGCGAUUUACAUUGGACCAACGACGAACUCGCUGAGAUCUCAAAACUACACACUACCGCUUCUCAUCACGAACUCAUGAAGCUUGUCGCGCGGAAAUUAAUGGACUCGGAUAUUGACGACGCUUCCAGGCGGAGAAUCGAGAAGUUCAUGAAGUUGAAGCGGCCGCCGAAGUUCCUCGAAACGUUCCUCAGUGACACGGAUAGGAAUUUUCUUCUUCAACAUCACGCUGCCGGUGAUUUCCAUGGUUAUGCUGUGUUGUUGUUCGAACGGUUAUUCGAGCUACCGAAGAACGAGGCGGUGGCCGCUCUUCGCUACUUUGGUCACCUUGCCGAAGCUGAAGCAUUGGAAAAUGCCGAAUGCUACCAAUGUGAAGUACAGCGAUUGGCUGAACGACUCGCACGCUAA